AUGCCUAAGGACAAUUCUAAAUAUUACCAUUCAUCUGAGAUCAAAAACCAAUUUAUUGGUGCGAUGCUCAUUGACAAGCACCUCGGCAAACAUUCACAUACAUUUGGCAUUCCAUAUGACACCGCACAAAAGAUAUGGAGAAAGUACCAGGAGACUGGGUCGGUCGAAAAUCGACCUCGCAGUGGUAGACCCCCGAAGAUAACACCCCAGAUGGAGCGACAGAUCCACCGAAAAGCACUUGCAGAUCGCCGAAAGCCAUUCCGAAGUAUUGCAAACGAAAUUGAGCCACAAAUCUCAGAUAAAUCAGUUGCACGGGCACUAGACAAACGGGGCAUGCACCGGAGGAUUGCGAGGAAGGUUCCCUUCCUAACCCAGCAGCAGAAGAAGGCACGAUUGGAGUGGGCAUGUGCACGGGAGGGAGAAGACUGGGACACUGUCAUGUGGUCAGAUGAAUGCUACAUCCAGAUGGACGACAAAAUGGGACAGGUGUAUGUGACACGCACCGUGAAUGAAGAGUACAAUGAGGCAUGCCUCAUUCCGACCUUCAAACAGUCAGCGCUCCGGGUAAUGGUGUGGGGAUGUGUCACAACUGGGUGGAAAGGGCCACUCAUCAUCUUGGAGUACCCUGGGGGCAAGGGCGGGGGUAUGACAGCAGGCAGAUACUGUGAGCAGGUCCUAGAGGGUGUCUUGAUGGAGGCAAUGGAAGGAGCGAAGAAAAAAUGGCCUGGUAUGCGAUUUCAGCAAGACGGGGCUCCAUCACACACAGCCAAGGUGACGCACCAGUGGUUCUCUUCCCACGAAAUUGCCCUCUUCCCACAUCCUGCAAACUCUCCCGACCUCAGCCCGAUCGAACCUGUCUGGAAGGAGCUGAAAAGGCGUGUGCGUGCCCAUCAGCCACGCCCAACUACCCUCGAAACUCUCAAAAUAGCCAUUCAGGAGGAGUGGGAGAGAAUGCCAUUGGAAGACAUAACGAAGCAUACCAAGAAGAUGAGAGAGCGCGUGGAGGCUGUCUUGAAGGUGAAGGGUGGGCACACAAAGUUUUGA